ACUCUUAAAUCUUCCCACAACAAAUCAAAACCCUUCUCUGCAUGGAGACAAUGCAAUCCUAUUCAACCCGAAAACGAUUUCCAGACCCCCAAUUAUUCACUCUCCUUUAAAACCCCUCCAACCUCACUUCUUCACUCUCCACCACCACAAUGUCCACCGAUGCCUCCCCUACUUUCCGGAGCCUCUCUCACUCUCAAAAACUCGAUUUCCAACCCGAACCCGUUAUCUCUGCCUCCACCCACGACGGCCUUGAGUUCUGGCAGUACAUGAUCGCCGGCUCCAUAGCCGGCUCCGUUGAGCACAUGGCCAUGUUCCCUGUUGACACUCUCAAAACCAGGAUGCAGAUCUUCGGUGGGUCCCUCUCCGUUAACCCUGUCGGAGUCCGGCAAGCCCUGGGCUCCAUUCUGAAGGUCGAAGGCCCGGCCGGUCUCUACCGUGGAAUCGGCGCAAUGGGCCUCGGCGCCGGCCCGGCACACGCCGUCUACUUCUCCGUCUACGAGUUCUGCAAGGAGUACUUCACACGUGGCAACCCGAACAACUCGGCGGCGCACGCUGCGUCCGGCGUAUGCGCGACGGUUAUGAGCGACGCGGUGAUUACGCCGAUGGAUAUGGUAAAGCAGAGGCUGCAGUUGGAGAGUAGUCCUUACAAGGGCGUUGGGGACUGUGUCAGGAGGGUUUUGGUGGAGGAAGGGGUGGGGGCGUUCUACAAGUCGUAUAAGACCACGGUGGUGAUGAAUGCGCCGUUCACGGCGGUUCAUUUCGCCACGUACGAGGCGGCGAAGAGGGGGUUGAGUGAAGUGUCGCCGGGGAGUGCGAGUGAUGAGAGGUUGGUGGUUCACGCGACGGCCGGAGCGGUAGCAGGGGCUUCGGCUGCGGCUAUCACUACUCCGCUUGAUGUUGUCAAAACCCAAUUGCAGUGUCAGGGGGUUUGUGGAUGUGAUAGAUUUUCAAGUAGCUCGAUCGGAGAUGUUAUCCGAAGCGUAGUGAAUAAAGACGGAUAUCGGGGGCUUAUGAGAGGUUGGAUUCCCAGGAUGCUCUUCCAUGCCCCUGCAGCUGCAAUUUGCUGGUCUACUUAUGAAGCAUCAAAAACGUUCUUUCAACAACUCAAUGACGAGGAUAAGUAACAUGACAGUUGCAUGUGCAGAAACCUAAUCUAGGUUCGACAUUAUGCAUGCUCAUGAUUUAGUCAAUACCAGCUCUUUUUCAUGUAGAUGUAUGCCGGUUUUGUUCGACUGGGAAAAAUAGUCGUGUGUAUAUAUACUGCAUAUUGAUGGAUAUGCUGAAUAUAAUAGUGUAUAACUGUAUAUGAUUUAUCGAUCAAUGGGGCACUGAUCAUUUCCCUGAUUCCAAGUUC